CCGUCCGUUCCCCCUCCCGCACAACUGAACAAAGCAGUCGUCACCUCGUGGCAUUUUUCUUGAAAUCCAUGUGCCCACCAACAUUUCCCGCAGAUAGUGGAAUGCUCUAAAGAAAAGGACAGAAAGACACCAGCUGAAUGCCUAACAAUUUGAUGAAUUGGAUCGAAAUCAGCCCACGAAAUGUUAGGAAUACCUGAGCCAAUCUUGUGGACGGCACUCGCCCUCCUGACCGUCUACUGCGCCCAGACACUUCGACGGUGGAAAUGGAAGAGGCUGGAGCAGUAUGCAGACUUCCCACAGCUGGACAAGCCAUCUCUCCUCUGGGGCCACCUGAAGGUGCUUAACAGGCUGUUCAAGAAAGGAGACCGGAGGCGCCAUAUAGAUAUGGUCCUUACUGAAGCUUAUCGGGAGCAGGGAAGCCCACCUGUCAUGUUGCUGGACCUUAGGCCACUCGAGUAUCCCAUCCUCGUCAUCAGCAACUACGAAGUGGCAGAGCAGAUCUCCAAAUCAUCCUCGAGAUGGCCCAGCAGCACGCCCAAGUCGCCUACACUUGCCAACAUCUGGCACCUGACGGGCAAGGAUUCCAUCUUGACUGCCGAGGGAGAUCACUGGAAACAGCAGCGAAGAAGAUUGAACCCAGGCUUCGCCCCCCAGCAGCUCCUCACCACCUUGCCCAUCAUCCUCGACAAGACAAGAUACUUCCUAGCCCACCUCGACCGCUAUGCCAGCAGCGGCGACGAGUUUAGCCUCGACCAGCUGGCCACCAACCUGACCUUCGACAUCAUCGGGGCGGUAACGAUGGGCCAGGACUUAAAAGCCCAAAUACCAGGUGAGGAGGACGAGCUGCUGGUGGCCUACAUGGGCAUUGGCGCCCAGUUCAGGGGCCGGAGCGGAAUCGAUAUCCCGGGUGCCAACUGGCGUAGGGAGCGCAUCCGGCGGAGGCUGGCUGCCAAAGUAGAGCGCCUGAUGAAUGACAUUGUGCGCAAAGAUAGCAACAGUAUCAGCAACAACCAUAGCAGCGGUGGUGACUCACGCAGCGUCCUGGCUCUCAGCCUGCAGGGGAUGGACGAGCUCACGCCCGAACUGUUGCAACAGACGAGCGACAACCUGCGCGUCUUCAUGUUCGCAGGCCACGACACGACGAGCAUCCUCAUGCAGUGGGCUCUCUACGAGCUGUCGCGCUCCCCAAAGCAGCGACGCGCCCUCAAAGCCGAGCUCGACGAGGUAUUCGGCCCCGACGCCGACCCAGACGCCGUCAGGGCGAAGCUCCUCGCCCCAGGCGGCGGCGAGCUGCUGGGCCAGAUGCCCUACACCGCAGCAGUGAUCAAGGAGACGCUGCGCCUGCACCCUCCCGCGGCCUCCGCGCGCAUGUCACCGCCCGGGUCCAACUUCCAGCUGACCCUGCCAGAUGGACGCCAAGUGUGCCCAGACGGGACCGUCCUGUACCUCAACAGCCACAUUAUCCAGCGCGACCAUGCGGUGUGGGGCGAGGCGGCCGACGACUUUUGGCCCGAGAGAUGGCUGGGCGAAGACUCGCGCUCGGUGCCGGCGGGGGCGUGGCGGCCGUUUGAGCGUGGGCCGCGGAGCUGUAUUGGCUUGGAGCUGGCUAACAUCGAGGCCAAGGUCAUUCUUGCGCUGGUGGCGAGGAGGUAUGAUUUUGUCAAGGUCGGUAUCGGCGAGCUGCAUCUGGACGGGGAGGGUCACCCUGUUGUGGACGAAAAGGGCUACUACAAGACGAAAUCGGAGCUCUUCAAUUCUAUUCAAGUCACAGCCAAGCCAGUCGAUGGAACCAUGUGCAAGGUUAGGCUCAGUAGUGAGGCGUCCGAGUCAUGAUGAUGGUCUCUCUCUCUCUCUUUCUCUGUCUGAAUAUUCGAUGGGACGCAUGUUUGUGUGUGGACUGUACUAUUAUUGGAAGGAAAAAAGAGCCAGUCUUUUGCAUUUCAGCAGUAGUUACAUUCUGCAUAGUAUCUCGCCUCGCGCACAUACAAGACAUGAGACUUUGCCCGUCCCUGGAACAAGAUACCAUCCAUCCAGCGUGCUCCAACCCUAGAUCCACUAUUGAGAUAUCUGUAUUAUUCAAUGCCGUUACACCCUCGUAUACGUUGUCCGUGCCCGGCCCAACCAAGCCCCAAGUCAAACGUUGCUAAAUUGCCGAGCCUGAGAAUCCGUAUCCAAGCCGAAUCAAAAGGGAAUAUCGCUGAUGCCCACUGAGAGGCGGAUGGGGUGUGUCCUGCUUUGCCCUGUUCAGGGCGUAACGUAAUGAGAAGGGAAAGUGUGCGUGUCAUCGUUAUGCUCGUCGAGUGCCGGCUCGUGUGGUGUUUUGGUGGUUUUUUUUUGUUUUUUUUUUUGGUCCUCAUCGCUUUCCGCACUUGUUGCACACAAUGUCGCAGUCCGGGUUGAGAUGCCCACAUGGGCAUCGCCAGUCCGCCUGGUCACGGAUCAGGGCCUUUGGUGGAAUCUCAAUCAUGGUGGGUAUGUGUUGAGAUGAAUAGAUAGAAGAGAGAGUUUGGGGUCCGUGUGAGAGGAUUUGACAAGAAGGCCAGACCGCGUGGUUUGUAGUUUCAGACGUGCCGAUCCCCGAGAACGAUUUGCGGCCGGCUGUCGUGGUUCCCACAGUGGGUCUUGACGAGUAAGGCUCUCUGAGAGAGGUGUAGAGGUGCGUGUGGGUGUGUGUUCUGAGUGUUUGUGAGUGUGAGUGUGAGUUUGUGUGUGUUUGUGUGUGUGUGUGUGUGUGUGUUUGUGUUCGAUAAGUGUUGGGUAUGAUAGGCAAGUGGUUAGUUGAUGGCGAUAUGGAAAAGGGAAAGGAAUGUGUCUUCCUUUUCAAGGACUGGUAUAAAUAGUAGAUGUUC